UAUACGUCACCUGAACUUAAAGUAAAUAUGUGUAUUUUAUCUUUAAAAUUACUCAAACUCGGCAAACAGUGUAGGAGUAGAUAGUGACAUUUUGUAUUAGUACCUAAUUAACUGGUAAAUUAAAAAAAAAGUUACCCAUCAAAAUCGCAUCAGUGUCUUGGAAUCUGUAUCUGCAUCUAACCCAAUCUAGUGACUUCUAUCAAGAAAACUCGAGUUCAAAACAAAACAAUGAAUAGGGCAGGAAAUGUAAAACGAAAAAGUAAUCCCAGACAGAAUGCGAGCGCUCUCUCUGCAGCUACGUUUUUUUACACUUUACCAACAUUUACCAACAAAAAGAAUGGUAAACUACAAUUCGAUGAGGAGGAUCUCUAUGAGACGCUUUCUGAGUACCAAUCAGAAGUUUUGGCUAAUAAAAUUGAAACCUUAUGGAAGGAGGAGUACAAGAAACGAAAAGGGAAGGCUUCACUGACCAGGGUGAUAAUUUCAGCCUUUGGUUUUGAAUAUUUUGUGUUAACUGUAAUCCUAGGGAUCUCAGCAUUAGUACUUAAGCCCGCGCAAGCUGUUUUUCUUGGCCGCUUACUCUUAUAUUACAUGCCCGCUGCCGAAGGAGAGCCCCAUGUAACUCAGCUUGAAGCGCGGUUAUACGCAGCCGGAAUCGCUUUAAUGGCAUUCUUGUAUAUAUUAUCGUUUCAUCCACUACUAGUCCAAUUAUAUUUGGUGGGUCUAAAAGUGAAGAUAGCGUGCAGUUCUUUAAUAUACCGGAAGGCAUUAAAAUUGAGUGACGGGGCUUUUAAUAGCACAAACGUAGGACAAAUUGUUAAUUUGAUCGCAUCUGAUGCUCCAAUGUUUAUCAAUUGCUCAUUCUUGUUAAAUUACUUGUGGAUUGGUCCGUUGCAGUGUAUCAUUGUGACGUACCUGAUGUAUCAAGAGGUUGGGUUUUCGUCAAUUUGUGGAAUCGCCGUACUAUUUCUGCUGAUACCUAUUCACCAUUUUUUGGGUAAGGCUGCAUCAACGUAUCGAUGGAAAGCGGCUUCACGUACCGAUGGCAGAGUGUGCUACAUGGAUGAAAUAAUCUCGGGAAUUAAAGUAAUUAAAAUGAACGGUUGGGAAAGGUUAAUUAAACCAAUUUUGCUCUCCCUUCGCAACCUUGAAAUCAAGUACAUUCGGUUAUCAAUGUACCUAAAAGCCGCAAAUGUAUCCUUCGAUAUUCUAACAAUACCAAUCGUUAUUUAUGUGUCAACAGUUGUAUACGUUUUACACAAUCACAUAAGAGCUGACAAAGUGUUUACAAUGAUGAUAUUCUACAACUCGCUGAGAGCAACCAUGGCAUCUACGUUCCCACACUCAGUUUCAGUACGUGCGCUGACCAUGGUCGCGAUAAAGCGCAUUGAAAAGUUUCUAUUUAACCCCGAGAUCAAUAUGGAAAGCAUUGAGGAUACAACGGAUCCAAUUGCUAUUAGAAUUAUCGAUGGUCACGCGAAGUGGGGGGAAAGUCCCACCUUGGAAGGAGUUAACUUAGCAGUGAAACCCGCCAGCUUGGUUAUUGUUACUGGACCAGUUGGCUGUGGGAAAUCCAGUUUACUCAGUGUGAUGCUGAAGGAACUACGUUUAGGCAGUGGAAGAAUUCACAUUAGCGGGCAAAUCAGCUACUCGUCCCAAGACGCGUGGCUCUUCAGUUCAAGCAUUCGAAAUAAUAUCCUCUUCGGUGAACAGAUGGAUACCAAACGUUACAAUGAAGUUGUGCGCGUUUGUGCGCUUGAAGAUGACUUUGCGUCACUCCCGUUUGCUGACCAAACGAUUGUGGGUGGACGAGGCUCUAGUUUAAGUGGGGGCCAAAAGGCGAGGAUAAAUUUGGCACGCGCUGUUUAUCGAGAUGCCGACAUUUAUCUACUGGACGAACCUUUUGCAGCUGUAGAUGCGCGGGUUGGCAAACAGAUAUUUCAGGACUGCAUUAAAGGAUUUUUGAAGGGAAAAACCGUUGUGCUAGUUACUCACCAGCUGCAAUAUUUAAAAUAUGCCGACGAAAUAGCUGCGAUGGAAAAUGGUACCAUUACUUCACAAGGUCAGCUUGUAAGCUCUAACCAAGAGGGGAUCGAUGCCGAAAUGAAGGAAUUAAAUUGCCAGGAGUUGGUAAACCAUCACGCUCAAGACAUCGUCAAAGAACAUACGUCGGUGGGGUCUGUAUCAAGUAUUGUAUAUCGAAAAUAUGUGACAGCUAAUGGAUUUGGGAACUUUGUUGUUGUUGUGGUACUGUUUCUGGUGAUGCAAGCAGUAAUUAGCAGUGGCCCAUACUUCUUAACUCAUUGGGUGAACACGGUCCAAGUUGUAGAGCAAUACACCAACGCCAGCAAUUAUUCAUCUCAUGCAUUAGUGGACAACUCCCAAACCAUGUACAUUUAUGUAUAUUCCGCGAUAACAAUCGCCAGUAUUGUCAUUGUUGCUUUACGCUCUUAUCUAUACUUCAACUUGGCAUUGAAAUCCUCCCAAAGGCUGCACAAUAACAUGUUCAAUAAAGUUACUGGCGCGACCAUGCACUUUUUUAACACAAACUCCCAAGGUAGAAUCAUCAAUCGCUUUUCUCAGGAUGUGAGCGCGGUGGACACUCUGCUGCCAAAUGUUCUCAUUGAAACUGUGCAGUUAUUACUGGCAUCCUUUGCUGCGGUUCUCCUCAUAUCUCUUGUAAACUACUGGCUUAUCAUACCAACACUCGCAAUAGGUUUUAUUUCCUAUUGCUUAAAAAAAUUCUGUUUGUUAACCACUAGAAAUAUCAAACGACUGGAAGGUGUAACUCGCAGUCCAGUUUUCGAACACUUAAGUUCGUCAUUGCAAGGGCUGGGGACCAUCAGAGCCCUUCAGGCUGAAACAAUCUUGAGAGAAGAAUUUGACUCGCAUCAGGACUUACACAGCUGCUGUUAUCACUUGUUCUUGUGCACGUCACACGGUUUCGGAUAUUUCUUAGACUGCUUAUGUGCGAUCUACAUUGCAAUCGUAACCUUUAGCUUCGUAAUAUCUGACAAUGACGCGCUUAGUGGAGACGUCGGAUUGGCGAUAACUCAAUCAAUAACGCUAAUGGGAUACCUCCAGUUGGCAGUUUUACAGACGGCAGAGCUCGAAAAUAACAUGACAUCUGUAGAGCGCAUUUUAGAGUACGAUGAUAUCGAGCAAGAAGACAACGUCGGCACAGAACCGCCGAAGACAUGGCCGGGAGCUGGCAGAAUCCUUUUUUGCGACGUUUCCCUCCAGUAUUCUACAAGUGGUGCUCCUGUUUUGAAAAAUUUGAACUUCGAAAUAUUUCCAAGGGAGAAGGUUGGAAUUAUUGGGAGAACUGGCGCAGGCAAGUCGUCGAUUGUCAAUGCUCUUCUUCGGUUAAGUUACACAUCCGGUGACGUUGUAGUAGACAAUGUAAAUAUAAGAAGUUUAAGUUUAGAAGCGCUAAGGUCGAGAAUUUCGGUGAUUCCUCAAGAUCCUACGUUGUUUUCAGGAACCUUACGACAGAACCUGGAUCCGUUUGAAGAAUACGAAGAUACAGCCCUGUGGAAAGCUCUAGAUGAAGUUGAAUUGAAACAGUUCGUUGCAUCCCAACCGCAAGGAUUGUGUCACGCAAUUAGUCAAGGUGGGGCAAAUGUUAGUGUAGGACAACGUCAACUGAUAUGUUUAACCCGCGCCAUUUUGCGUAAAAAUAGCAUACUAAUUAUGGAUGAAGCAACUGCAAAUGUCGAUUUUGAAACUGACAAUUUAAUACAGAGUACAAUUAGGAAAAAAUUUCAGAAUUGCACCGUGCUCACCAUAGCUCACAGGUUGCAAACGGUUAUGGACUCUGAUCGAAUUCUGGUUAUGAAUGCUGGUGAAUUGGUCGAGUUUGAUAAGCCAUCUGUUUUACUUAAUAAUACCAAUGGUUACUUUUACAAAAUUGUUCAACAACUACGCAAGAAUGAUUCAACAACUUUUCAAAUGCUGCAAUGAACCAUCACUUCUUGGUUCUUGACGCAUUUUGAAUUUAUUCCAAGGAAAUCGGUGCAUAGAUAUACCUAUUUGGACAGAUCUUGGAAUUCUCUUUUUACUUUUCAGGUUGAACUUGCCGUUAUUUUCAAUAACUGACGCUAAAUUUGUAGUAUAUGAAUCGGUAUUCGAUUUAUAUUACCUACUUAUUUUAUUAAAACUCAAAAAAAUUGUUUAUUUGUUUUUUGUAACAAAUAAAUUAAGAACAAGAAAAGUGACUAUUUUUGUCAAAACUAGAAAAUCAUUACGUUUCAGAUACAUCACAAUUCGCAUAUGAGGUACGGACAGACAUUAUAAAGAGAAUCGGAAAUAGUUCACCAAUCACAAGCCACUUAAAAGAGAAUGGCAAUGCCUAACGCUUCGUCCAAGAGCAUUAAGUGUCCUAUUGGGAGCAAAUUUUCCGUCCGUUCGUCUGUCUCAAGCUACUUUUACAUCUGAGCCAAGGAAAUCCUGUUUUUACAGCCGUUAAGAAGUCUUAGUUUGAAAUUAUUUAAGGGUAUUCAAGAGUCUUUCCGGCUUUGAAUGUAUAAAACGCUUUUAAGGGCAUGAAGAACUUUCGGAGUAUUAUGGAAUUUUGCAAUAUCUGCAAGAAACGCUUUCCAAAGUUUAUUAUUCUUUAAAAGUGAUCAAGGGUAAAAGAAACUUCUUCCAUUUCUUAAGCAGCUGGAAGGCCCACUUUUCCAGUAGGAUAACGCCCGUCACCCCACAUUGCAGGACGUUCUAUGGAUCGGCUUUCAUAGCCGUCAUGUCAAAAUCUUGCCAUGACCACCCAGAUCUCGCCAUAAAUCACCCAUCGAUCAUGUUUUGAACAUUAUGGGGGAGACGAGUGGGAAACCGCAUCCCCCGCAGAUGCUGCAAGCUCUACAGGACGAAUUAGAAGUUGCUUAGGACACAAAAGCUCAAGAGGAAAUCGAACGUGUACUAGAAUCGAUGCCACAAAGAGUGACAGAGUGUGUACUUAAACAAUAA